AUGGACAAAUAUGAUACUGAACCUAGGAGGAAAUUAGGAGCUCCUAUUUCUGGAUUAACAGAUAAAGCUUUAGUGACUCCAAGCAUCCCAGAUAUUUCAUUUAUCAGCCCAAACAAUGUUCAUCCUAGAGAAGAAGUUUCUAACAAUUAUAAUAAAAAAUCUCGACCUCCUAGAAGUGACAAUUUUCAAAAAUUAAAAGCAAUAACCGAACACUCGACUGAAGUAUUAAAAAAACAAGACAGUGGAAACGACUUAAGGUUUAAAUUCUAUCAAAAGCUCAAAGAAAGUACCACCAGCAUUGUCCCUGUCAACUCUGGAAAAAUAGCGCCGAGUAUUGAACCUAUUUACAGACACAUUUCCGGGCAUUUGCAGCAAAAUAAAUCACACAGACAAUUAAAUUCAAAUAAUUGUGUCAGUAGAAGUAAAAAUGACAACCUGGACAAUUAUAAUAAUUUAAAAUUAUUGUUGUCUUUAAUAAAAUCACAGAAUCAGCAAAUAAAGUCUCUGGAAAUUCAGAUAAAUGCUUUGAUAUCAAUUCACCAGAAGGAAAAAAUUAACAGUGAAAAAAUUAAAUUGGCUGCAAAUGAUAGACAUGAAGAUGCUAAAAUAUCAAUAGGUGUGAUGACAAGCUUGGAAUUUACUGUGAAGAAGACACCUAAUGAAGCUAAUUUAAUUCCGGUGAUUGACUUGCCAUCACUCGGGCCUAGAAUUAAUGAUCCAGUGUCAGUCAGAGUGAUGUCUUCGAAGCAUGGAGGUAAUUUUAAUACUUAUGGGGACAAUGAUUGUCGAAGUAAUGGUAGUCAUAGUGAUGAUGGUUGUGCCAGGCCUAAGGGGAAAGUUUCUUCCAAGGUUGGCUGGACUUUUUAUAAUAACAUGAUGUGUCAGGUUAAUGAAAUGCUUGACACUCAGAAUGAUGGUCAGUCCCAGCAACAACAUCGUUAUCAGACUCAACAGUCGAUUAUUAAUGACAAGGGACAGCAGAGGUCUAUGAUGCAGCAGUGGAAGAUAUUUAAGGCCACCAUGGCUACUGGGUUGGUAAAUUACCAAACCAACAUUGUCCAAACAACAAAUUCAAUAGUCGACGACAAUACGAGCAUCCAUAUGCAAGCUUUGGCAUUAAAAUAUCUUGGGCACAAUAGUGAGAGCCCUAAUUUACAGACAUUGACUAAAUUAAUGAGCGUUAUUAGUACUCCCAUUAAUGACGGUAAUAAUUAUAAUAAUAACACUGAUAAAUUAUUAAAUAAUAUAAUAAACGAUGAACGGUAUCGUCAAUUAUUGACUUUGGAGGAUAAUUCAGUGUACAAUUAUAAAGGUAAAAAACAGAAUCGACAAAAUCUAGAUAUUUCAGUAUUGAAGCGCCAACCGAACACACAAAAAUACGAUAUAUAUUAA